AUGGGUGGCAAGUGGGCGGGGUUCUGCAGGACGCUGCGACGCCGGCGGGUUUUCGAGCCAGAGCAGUUGGAAGAGGGGAAUCUGAGAAGAUGCCUAACUGUGUGGGACCUGACUGCGCUGGGGCUGGGCAGCACGCUGGGCGUGGGCGUGUACGUGUUAGUGGGUUCCGUGGCUAUGCACCUCGCGGGACCGGCUAUUGUGGUGUCGUUCCUUAUAGCAGCUGUCGCUUCGUUGUUUGCAGGCAUGUGCUACGCGGAGUUCGGUUCCCGCGUGCCCAAAGCGGGCUCCGCGUAUAUUUACACGUACGUCACCGUGGGGGAGUUCAUCGCUUACGUCGUCGGCUGGAAUAUGAUCCUGGAGGCUCUAUUUGGUACGGCAAGCGUAGCCAGAGGUCUCAGUAUGUAUGUGGACUCAAUGGUUAACAAAAGCAUGUCGGCGGGGUUUGAGUCGAUUGCACCGAUAACUGCUCAGCCGUUUUCAGCGUACUUCGAUUUCUUUGCAUUUGCGGUUGUCAUCGUAUUGGGAGUUCUGCUCGCGGUUGGUGUCCGCGAAUCGACAUCUGUAAACAACGCGUUUGCUCUCGUCAACAUGGCCGUCAUAUUGUUCAUUAUUAUAGCGGGAGCAUUGAAAGCGGACGUGUCGAACUGGAGUAUCCCUGCAUCGCAAGUGGGCGAGGGCUUCGGCACCGGGGGCUUCGCCCCGUACGGGGUGCGUGGAGUGCUGCGGGGGGCGGCCGUGUGCUUCUAUGGGUUCGUGGGAUUUGAUACCAUCAGCUCGACGGGGGAGGAGGUGAAGGACCCUCGCCGCUCGAUCCCCACAUCUAUCCUGGCCGUGCUGGUCGUCGUGUUCCUCGCGUAUGCCAGCGUGGCCACAGUGGUCACCAUGAUGGUGCCCUACUACAUGCAGGACGUAGUGGCGUCAGUGGCGAGCGCAUUCAGCCUCGUGGGGUGGGAGUGGGCGCGCUGGAUCGUGUCCGUUGGGGCCGUGUUCGGGAUCUCCGCCAGUUUAUUCGGCGCCCUGUUCCCGCUGCCGCGGCUGCUGUACGCGAUGUCGUCUGACGGUCUGCUGCCGCACUGGCUCGCAGCACUGCGCAACAAGGCGCCCGUCGCUGCCACUCUGCUGCCCACUGCUGUUAUUGCUGUGCUGUCGGCCAUUUUGGAUUUACAAGAGCUGGUGAUGAUGAUGUGUGUUGGGACCCUCCUCUCCUACACCAUUGUGGCCGCUUGUGUCAUACUGCUUCGAUACCGCUCUGAUUCAUCGUCAACAAGCAAACGAAAUUUUGUGAAAAUAGUUCUGGGAUACGGCGAGAAAUAUCCAACUAAGACAACAUCCAAUUUUAUCAAAUUCAUAUUAGUUUUGUUUGCGAGCGUAUGUCUCGCCACAGCUCUAAUAUUGACCCGUGUGGAAAGGCCGCUGAUUCCCGCCGCCAUCCUGCACUGCGCGGGCUUUUUGCUGAUCGUUGUGAUGGCUCUGCAGCCGCAGAAUAAGGAGGAGUUGGCUUUUAAGACUCCCCUUGUGCCUCUCAUCCCGUGUCUCAGCAUGUACGUGAACAUCAACCUCAUGAUACUCAUCAGCGUACACACUUGGAUACGAGUCCUUGUUUGGAUAGCUAUUGGAAUACCAAUAUACAUAAUUUGUGUCUGUUGCUACAAGAGAAAAGAAGAGUGCGGAGGAGAUGAAGAAGAGUCGCACGUGGGAAAGAACGGAAAGCCUGCCGUUCAGAUAUUUGUCGAAUCGCCUACACCUCCCGAUACUAUAAACCAUAGUAGCAACGGAGGUGACCGUAAUGCGGAACAGAAAGAGAGCACGCUGGUUAUACAACAAGAGAAUAUUAGAAAAAUGCCAUUCAUUACGGAAGACAUAAUAGUACAGCAUGCGUAUAUCGAAGAUAAUGAAGAGAAAGAAGCGAAAAUCAUAGAUUUACUCGAUCAGGUUAUUCAAGCCGAGGAAGAAUCGUAUGGAGAGAUCAUAAGUUUAAAAGAUCACACUGAAGACGAAGAUGACGCUUCAAUUGCACACGAGCCUCAUAGGAAGUCGAUCAGUGAACUGUCGGAUGCCGGUUCAGAUGCAUCUAUGGGUAAUCAAGUAUUAUCUAAAUAUGAUGUCAUAGCGCAAGUACAUAGAGAAGAUUUGCCCAGACUCGAAGAAGAGGAGGAGAAAAGCGAGAAACCCAUUGAAAAUGCCGAUAUUGGAACCAUCGAUACAGAUGAUGUGGAAAACGACACUGUUAUAAUUAGAAUAAAUAAUGCGGACGAAGAAAAUAUUGAAGAAUUAAACGAAAGUGAUAACAAUUCGAGAACUGAUGAGUCAGGUUAUUCAGAUACUUUGGAUAAAACGCCUCUCAACGAAUUAUUCGAAGAAAAGGAACAAUUCCAUAUACCAGUACCACCGCCGCUCGAUGAAAAUUUCUUCACCAGUCCCAACUUUAAAAAGUCGUACACAAUUUCCUCUAAACCAACCAAGAUGAGAUCUAAAGAACUAGAAGAAGAGGCUAAACCUCGUGAAAGCGUUCAAUCGAACGGCUCCUGUGACGACGGGCCGAUGAUAUUUGGCAGCGACAAACAGAUCAACUUCAUGUCCAAACUGAACAACAUUUUCCAAAACAAAAUGUCUUCUGAAAAUGAAAAUGAAGAUGAAAAGAGGACACGCUCUCAUUCGACAGGCAACGUGGUGGAGCAUACUGACAUAGCUGCUCUGAGCCGGGAAAGACCACAACUGUUUUACGAUUUGAAAAAAGAAAUAAUUUCAAAGGAAACAGCACAAAAUCUGAAGCCGGUGAACGCUGAAGAGAAAGAAGCUGAACCAGAACCUGAACAAGAUAACGUCAGUUUGAAUAGAGAAGAAUUAAAGUCGAAAUUAGAGAAUAUUUUCGCAUCGGGUGGACCUCAGCCGCUUAAAUCAAGGCUGAUGAAGUCAAACCCGCCCACUCCCGAAGAGGCGUAUCAAACGGACACAUCGAGUACUGAAAGCAUACCAAAGAUGCCGAAAAUGGAGAAAAACGAUACUUUAAAAAGGCAGAAAGCGAAAUUCGGGGAAGUGCUGAACUCUUUCCGAUUAACUCUAAAAGACGAUCAAGUGUAG